AAAAACUAGUAUUAGAAAAACGUGAAUGGCAUAAGCAUAUGUAUAAAUUUUCUUGAACACUACUGCUCUCAGUCUCUACACUACGCUCAUCAUCGUAAUCAUCACUAAGAAAGCGAACGGCAGCCGAGUUUUGGUAUACCUUGGCUUCUUAAGAGGUUAGGGUUUUCGAGAGGUCUGUUCAUUUUGUAUGUUCAUUAACUGGGAGAUAGCAGCUUCCUUCUCAGCAACCAAUCAAACGUCUACACUCAUGAUUUUGCUAGUGUUUAUCGCUCAUUUGCUUUGAAUCAAAAACUUUUGAUUGCCCUCGUGAACUCGUAAUUCAUCAGCAGUUAAUAAUCAAAUAAACAAGUAAAUUGUUUCGGUCGAGGAUUAAAAAUUUAUCAUGCUUUUGAACUGCUCGACGAAAUGCCUUAGCCAUUUUGGCUUUUAAAAGCCGCAGCUCUUAAAUGUUCUCUUGAUUUAUUGCGUUUCUAGCUUUUGGUUUGUUCAUGUACGUGAAAUUGCAAUAGUGAGACAAGAAAGAGGGCAAUUUCUGUAGUAUAGCAACAAAUGGCGUGGAUAAACAUGAGUAAAUUGCUCCUAUUCUCAGCAAUCUUUAGACUAAUUUUGAUUAUUUAUGGGGAAUGGCAAGAUGCCCAUAUGGAGGUUAGAUAUACAGAUGUGGAUUACCUUGUUUUCUCUGAUGCUGCCUCUCUAAUGGCUUCUGGAGAAUCGCCUUACAAGAGAAGUACUUAUCGGUAUUCUCCUUUGCUUGCUUUUUUGCUUAUACCCAACUCGAUUAUUCAUAGAUCAUGGGGGAAAUUUAUCUUCUCUGCUUCAGAUUUACUUGUAGGCUUGUUUAUCCACAAAAUUUUGAAGCGGCGUAGGGUACCUGAGGAUUUAAGCAUAUAUUCUGUAAUGGUAUGGCUCCUCAAUCCAUUUACCUUCACCAUUGGAACCCGUGGGAACUGUGAGCCCAUUGUUUGUGCCAUGAUUUUGUGGACCAUUAUCUGUCUUAUGAAUGGUGAUGUUGUUCAAGCUGCAUUUUGGUACGGGCUUGUUGUCCAUUUCAGAAUUUAUCCUAUAAUCUAUGCGCUUCCUAUUGUUCUGGUUCUUAAGCCUCAGAUCUUCCAAUCUGAUCAGAAGCCUCCUCUUGUGAAUUGGAAAUCCAAUCAAGGAAAAGCAUCGCAGAAUAGAGCAGAAGAACCUAAAUGUGGUUUAUGGACUCGAUUGAAAACGAUCUUUACAAGGGGAAGAAUAAUUUUUGGGCUUCUCUCAGGAACUGUUUUUCUUUCUUGUACUUUACUUUUCUUCUAUUUAUAUAGAUGGGAGUUCUUAAAUGAAGCAUUGUUGUACCAUCUUACACGGACAGAUCCGAGACAUAAUUUUUCCAUCUAUUUCUACCAUAUUUAUCUUCAUUAUGAACACGAGUUUUCAGUAGUGGAAAAGCUCAUCUCAUUUUUUCCUCAGCUAAUGGUUCAGUUGGUUCUCAUACUCCGCUUUGCUCAAGAUCUUCCAUUUUGCUUUUUCCUGCAGACAGUGGCAUUUGUAGCAUUCAAUAAGGUAAUCACAGCGCAAUACUUUGUCUGGUUCUUUUGCUUGCUGCCACUUUUACUGCCAUGGAGCAAUAUGAAGCUGAAGUGGGAAGGCUUAUGUUGCAUGAUGGUAUGGAUGGGGGCUCAGAUCCACUGGUUAUUCUGGGGUUAUAUGCUUGAAUUUAAGGGCAAAAACGUAUUCGUGCAGCUUUGGCUGGCGAGCUUAUUAUUUCUGGUUGCUAAUACUUUUCUAAUCGUCAUGUUUAUUCGGCGCCAUAGAUACUCUGCAUUUUUCAAGCAAAUAGAGCAUCAUCCAAGCUCCAAGAAAUCUGAAUGAGUGAGCCACAUAUGUUGCUGAUAUUCGACGUUCUUUCUUGAACAUUACUUUGUCAUUUGUUUCAAACGUUUAUACUGUUCCACAUUUAGAGAUCUUGAAUGAACUUGUGCUUAAAACAAACACUCUAAACAUCUUCCUUUGUUUCACUUCUA